UUAUAGUAUAGCAUAAGAAGCUUUUCAAUAUACAUCUCUAUCUCUAUCUCUAGCUAGCUAAUUAAUUCAUUUAUUUGCCCAAAAUUAAAUCUUUGAUCAUUCUAUAUAUACAACGACUCUCUAAAUAUGGCUCGAACAUGUCUUCCUCUCCUCAUGCUGCUACUUGUUAUAUUCACGUCUUCUACGAAUUCCCGGAAACUAUUACACACGCCGGAUUCCACCACCAAAACGGAAGCAACUCCGACGGAAAUGAGUUUAUACUUGAGUUCACUUCCUAAGGGCACUGUGCCGGCUUCAGGUCCGAGCAAAAAGGGUCAUGUAUCAACCAAUAUUAACGAGAAGCUCAUUACCCGCCAUCUUAUUGCAAUCGACCGUAUUCUCCGAGGGCCGGCGCACUUAAUUAGGGAGCUUUGAUUAAUUAGGGAGGUACAUAUCUUUCGGAAAUCAAUAAUGUCAAUAAUACAUAUACUCAUUACGAGUAGUAUUAUUCUUGUAAUUGUAAUUUAUUAUUCAGUAUAUAUAGAAUCAAAAGCUGGAAUUAAAGAGUGAAA